CAUUUUUCUUUAUUCGUUAUUGUUUUCCAGCUAAGGUGAUGACCUCCUCCUUUCACUAAUCCUAUAUAAACAAGUACAAACCAGGAAUUCUCAAACCUCAUCAAACACUUUGCAAAAAAAUUCUCAACUUUCCAAAUGGGAAUUCAUCCAUUUCCUCUCUCUCAUACAUAUGAUCAAGAAUCUACUGAUCUUACUUCAGAUUCAUCAAUGAACUCCUCUAUUUCAUCUCAACCAAGUUUACCUCUAGUCCCAUCUCUAAACAAACUAUCCCAAGAACAAUCAAACAUCCACCACCACUGCAUUUCCACCCUAAAAGGCCACUCUUCCUAUGUAUUUUCACUCACUCUUUCCGGAAAACACCUCUACAGCGGCUCAUCCGAUAGCCAAUUACGCGUGUGGUCCCGGGCUCCAUCAGAUCAUCAGAAUUCAGAUGAAAACAUUGUGUCUGCAUGCAAGAGUGCAGUUAAGUGCAUAGUAGUACUAGAUGACAAGAUAUUCAGUGCUCACCAGGAUCACAAAAUCCGAGUGUGGAAAAUAGGGAGCGAUAAAUCAAAGCAGGCUUAUAAAUGCGUUUCUACAUUGCCAACGCUUAAUGAUCGUGUCACGAGACUGUUUUUUGCUAAGAAUUAUGUUGAGGUGCGGAGGCACAAGAAGUGUACGUGGGUGCACCAUGUUGACACAGUGUCGGCUCUGGCCUUGUCAUCGAGAGAUAGUUCCUUUUUGUACUCGGCCUCAUGGGACAGAACAUUUAAGAUAUGGAGAACAUCGGAUUUCAAGUGUAUUGAGUCUGUUUGGAAUGCUCAUGACGAUGCUAUCAAUGCAAUCGUGUCAUCUGGCGAUGGAUUUAUUUACACUGGCUCCGCGGACAGAAAAAUUAAGGUCUGGGGAAAAAAAGAAGGCGAAAAAAGGCACACUUUAAUUGACACCUUGGAGGAACAUAAAUCAGCUGUAAAUGCAUUAGCACUUAGCAGCAAUGGCUCUGUGUUAUAUUCUGGUGCGUGUGAUCGGUCCAUAAUUGUGUGGGAGAGAGCAUUUGGCAGCCGACAUAUGGCUGUGGCUGGGGCGCUCCGAGGCCACACUAAGGCCAUUUUGUGUCUGGCAGUUGUUUCGGAUUUGGUCUGCAGCGGAUCAGCUGAUAAAACAGUGAGAGUUUGGAGAAGAGGAAACGACAACAGCUACUCAUGUUUGGCAGUGUUGGAAGGUCACAGAGGACCGGUUAAGUGUCUGACUGCAGCUAUUGAUCAUUCUAAUUCCGACAACAAUUCAUCACCUAUUGGCACUCCUUACUUGAUCUAUAGUGGCAGUUUGGACUGUGAUGUUAAGGUUUGGCAAAUAUGGGUUCCGUUUGUAUAGUUUUCGAGGUUUUUGCAUAGGAGCUCUACUUGAUUAAGAAUGUAGAAGUUCUUUACUCUGUUGUUCUUUUGUGUAAAGUGUUUGAUAAUUGUAUUAGUGCUUGAUAAAGGUUGAAUGUUAAAAGUCCGUGGAAAUUUGGUUAAAAAUCACUGAUUUAUGAUCGAUUUUUCAACCACAGUUUAACGAAUCUCAGACGGGUGGAAUAGACUUAUCUUUGAUUAUCA